UCGGACCAUGAGCUUCUCAAGCUGCAGCUCCUGAUCCUCUCUGAAUAAAGAUAGAGCUUUACCCAGACUGCACAUUCCUUCCUCUGUCCCAGAUCUAGCACAGUAGCGCCUCGACACACGAACAAACCCGUUCAUGUACAAAUCGGUUUACGAACAGGAGCGUACGUAAAAUCUUGCUUGAACGUACGUACGAAAUUCAAGGUACGAACACAAAAGCUCUCGGGCCCCGCGUGAUCUCAUUCAGUUCGUCUUUGGCGUGUGCGCUGUGAACAGCCGUCCAACCAUUCUUACGCUAUCCGAACAAUGGGAAAAGUUGAUUCAGUUCGCGAACUUUUCGGAUUAAGUUCAUAAGUCGAGGCGCUACUGUAUUUGAAAAUCUGAAGGCGGAAGUUUCAACAUCAACAGAUGAAGGGCUUAAGCCCGAAACGUUGACUCUCCUACUUCUCGGAUGCAGCCUCACCUGCUGUGCUUUUCCAGCGCCACACUUUUCAAUACUGACUCUCCAGUGUCUGCAGUCCUCACUUUGACGUCAAUGUCUGACAGUCACUCAAUCCAUUGGGACCGCAACGGUUUUCAUCUAUGAUUCUGUGAGAAGGAGCAAAGCUUUUUGGUUCCUGUCUAAGUACGUUUUCAGCAUCAGCGGGACUGGAUGAGAGAGCCUACCAUUGCAGUGCACUGAGUGUGGAGCCUAAAAUAACUAUACGGCCUGGAAAGAGGAAUUCACAGCAGGGAGUGGCUCCACACUUCGGCCAUGGAGAAACGCGAGGAAUCCCACCUCUUGGAGAAACCAUGGAAGUGUGGUGACUGCGGGAAAGGCUUCCGUUUCCCAUCUUCCCUGGAGAUUCAUCGGCGUAGUCACACCGGGCAGAGGCUAUUCACCUGCCCAGUCUGUGGGGAGGCCUUCAGAUAUUCCUCCACCCUGCUGACCCACCAGCGGAUCCACACGCGGGAGACGCCCUACAGCUGCCCCGAGUGCGGGAAGGCCUUUACCCAGGUCUCUGGACUGCAAAACCACCAGUGGGUCCACACAGGGGAGAGGUCCUUCAGCUGUCCCGAGUGCAGGAAGGGCUUCAGCAAUUCCUCCUCUCUGCUGAGGCACCAGCGGGCCCACACUGGGGAGAGGCCCUUCAGCUGCCCCGAGUGCAGGAAGGCCUUUAUCCAGGUCUCUGGACUGCUAAACCACCAGUGUGUCCACACGGGGGAGAGGCCGUUCAGGUGCCCAGAGUGCAGGAAGGCCUUCAGCAAUUCCUCCGCUCUGCUGAGGCACCAGCGGAUCCACACGGGGGAGAGGCCAUUCAGCUGCCCCGAGUGCAGGAAGGCCUUCAGCAAUUCCUCUUCCCUGCUGAGCCACCAGCGGGUCCACACGGGGGAGAGGCCCUUCAGCUGCCUCGAGUGCGGGAAGGCCUUCAGCAAUUCCCCCAACCUGCUGAGGCACCAGCGGGUCCACACAGGGGAGAGGCCCUUCAGCUGCCCCGAGUGCAGGAAGGCCUUCAGCAAUUCCUCCGCCUUGCUGAACCACCAGCGGGUCCACACAGGAGAGAGGCCCUUCAGCUGCCCCGAGUGCAGGAAGGCCUUCAGCAAUUCCUCCGCCCUGCUGACUCACUGGAGGGUCCACACGGGGGAGAGGCCCUUCAGCUGUCCCGAGUGCGGGAAGGCCUUCAGCAAUUCCUCCGACAGGCUGACCCACCAGCGGGUCCACACUGGUGAGAGGCCAUUCCCCUGCCCCAAGUGUGGGAAGGCCUUCAUCAGCUCCUCCCACCUCCGGAGGCACCAGCGAGUUCACAUACCAUCGCAGGGGGAUUGAAGGAGUGAAGGCUGAAAGUCCAGUGAAUAAUGACAAUCAGCCCAGCUCCCGGGACUCCCGGGUUUGAAUCCCGCUGCAGCAGAUGGCGCUAUACAGGGUAUGGGUUGAAAUUGCUGAGUGAGGCAAUGCUUCCUCCGGGUUCCGGCUGUACCAAGGAUCCAAUUAGAAAGGGACAUCUCGAUGCUGACCAAUAGUGAAGACAGUGAGGUUGGGUGGGCGUAUAAGCGUGAGUGAGUGUGCUUUGAUCUUGAGCUGUUUAAAAAGCAGCUACUUUUUCUCUACCUUUUUGCUGAGGGGGAUUUGAAGCUUUAACAAAGU